AUGUCGCAGUGGACAGGUGAACAACGUGCUUUCGCAAUCGAAGCGUAUUUCAAAGCCAAUGAUUCAUGUGCAAUUGCUCGUCGAAGAUUUUGUUCACGGUACAAUAUUCGACGGUUACUAGACGCCCCAAGUGAAGAUUUGAUUCGAUUAUGGGUGCGAAGGUUCCGGGCAACAAGUUCAGCAGAAAACAACUCACGACCGGGGCCCAGCCGGACGUCGAGAACAAAUGAAAACAUUGAACUCGUCGCGUCCAGUUUGCGGGAUAAUCCGCGUCAGUCAGUUCGCAAGAGAGCGGCUGCCUUGGGGCUUCCAAAAACUAUAGUGCACGAGAUAUUGAAGAAGGAUCUUAAAUUUCACCAAUUUAAAAUUCAAAUUGUGCAAGCGCUUAAGCCUAAUGAUUACAAUAUGCGUAAAAACUUCUGUGAGACAAUGUUGGAGCGAUUUCGCACGGUGAACACUAUUGUUUGGAGUGAUGAAUCCCAUUUUCAUUUAAAUGGAAGUGUAAAUAAGCAGAAUUGUCGUUAUUGGUCCCCUAAACGACAAAAUCCCCGCUUAAAACAUCAACAGCCACUUCACAGUCCCAAAGUGACGGUUUGGUGUGCAUUAUCAAGCAGGGGGAUAAUUGAGUCGUAUUUUUUUGAAAAUCAUCAAGAGCAAGCAAUAUCUGUAGACGGUGUUGCUUAUAGGCGAAUGCUUAAUGAUUAUUUUGUUCCAAAAUUGAGAGAACAUCCUUUCUUCACUUCGCAGACAUGGUUUCAGCAAGAUGGCGCCACGCCUCACACUGCUAGGGAUACCAUAGCGCUACUUCGUGAUUUCUUCCCUAACAAACUGAUAAGCCGUUUCGGUGACAUCCUCUGGCCACCCAGAUCCCCGGAUCUUACACCAAUGGAUUUUUUUCUGUGGGGGUAUCUCAAAAGUAAAGUCUAUGAAACAAGCCCGGCGACUAUCUCAGCAUUAAAAGAAAAUAUCGUUCGCGAAGUUCAUGGCAUCUCGGCGGCACUUCUCCAGCGAGUGGCAAGAAAUACUGAAGCCAGAUUCCAAGAAUGUGUCCGACGUCACGGUCAACAUUUAGACGACAUAAUCUUUAAGAUAUAA